GCGGUCCUCCUCUUCAUCAAGAAGAAGAUUCUUAAUCCAAUGGCCACCAAAGUCUACAUUGUUUAUUACUCUACCUAUGGACAUGUUGAGAAACUUGCCCAUGAGAUCAAGAAGGGAGCUGAUUCUGUUGAAGGGGUGGAGGCAAAACUGUGGCAGGUGCCAGAAACUCUUUCAGAGGAAAUUCUUGGAAAGUUGGGUGCUCCCCCAAAGAGUGACGUCCCUGUGAUUACUCCCCAUGAACUCCCUGAAGCUGAUGCAUUCAUAUUUGGCUUCCCAACUAGAUUUGGGAUGAUGGCUGCCCAAUUCAAGGCAUUUAUGGAUUCAACUGGUUUCUUGUGGGGAGCUCAAAAGCUGGCUGGAAAGCCUGCUGGCAUUUUCUACUCCACUGCAUCUCAGGGAGGCGGCCAAGAAACCACCCCAUUGACAGCCGUCACGCAACUUGUUCAUCAUGGGCUGAUUUUUGUUCCUAUUGGAUAUACUGCUGGAGCUGGAAUGUUCGAGGUGGAGAAGGUUAAGGGUGGCAGCCCAUAUGGCGCUGGUACCUUCGCCGGAGAUGGCUCCAGACAGCCAACUGAGCUUGAGCUGCAAAUUGCUUUCCACCAGGGCAAAUACAUUGCAGGCACUGCCAAGAAAUUUAAGGGAUCUGCUUGAAUUUAAUUAUCCUGCAUCUCCUCCUAUGUCCAUCAACACA